AUGGACAAAGAACAGGAAGCUUCCAGCACUACUUCCAAUGUGGAAUCGCCUGAGCCGCAACAUGGGUCACCUGCAGCCGUAGCAAAGCUGACGAAAAAAGCCGCCAUCACCCAAAUCAUCACAGCGAUAGUGGCAAACAUAACGAUCAUCUCUUCCGGGAUGGGAAUCGGAUUUCCUUCGAUAGCCUUGAUGGAGCUGACGAACUCCACCAGCUCUGUGGUCCUCUCGGAAAGUCAGGCCAGUUGGUUCGCAUCGAUCACGGCCAUUCUCUGCCCAGUUGGAGGUCUGCUGUCAGGAUAUCUGUUGGACAAGAUCGGAAGGAAGAAAACGCUCUACUGCAUAAAUGGCAUUUCGAUCGUGUCCUGGGUGAUCAUGUCGGUGGCUAGCCGAACGGAUGCAUCGACCUUGUUUGUCGAGCUAAUAGUAGCUCGAGUUAUAAUAGGUGUUGCUAUCGGUCUCUCUAGCACUCCCGCGUCCGUUUAUGCUGCCGAAGUGGCACACCCCAGUCUGAGGGGGCGAUUGACCUUGUUGACGGCUUGCUUCACCGGUAUCGGGAUGCUUAUGGUGUAUUCUCUUGGCUACGUUUACAAGGACGACUGGCGGUAUGUGUGUACCAUUUGUGGUGUCUUCACGGGCGUUUCGCUGCUAACCGUGAUUCCUUUACCGGAGUCACCCAGCUGGUUGGUUGGCAAAAAGCGGAUGCUGGAAGCGGAACGUCAUCUGAAGGUGGUGCGCGCCAUCAAGGAAGAUAAGAACCCGGAGAUCCGGGCGGAACUGAACGCGCUGGAGGAAAGCGUAGCCCGUUUCCGUGCUUCGGAGACGUCCAAAAAGCCAUCCAAGCUGGUGCAGCUCAAAAAGCCCGAAGUCUACAAGCCGUUGACGAUCAUGUGCACCUUCUUUAUGUUUCAACAAUUUUCCGGCAUUUUCGUGAUAAUCGUUUACGCGGCGAGCUUCUCGGUCGAGGCCGGUGUGGCCAUCGAUCCGUUCCUGGCGGCGGUUUUGGUCGGACUAACGCGAGUCGUAACCACCAUUCUGAUGGCGUUCAUAUCCGAUCGUUUCGGCCGCCGGCCACCGGCACUGUUCUCCGGCUUCGGGAUGGCCUGCUGUAUGUUUGGGCUCUCGGCGUGCACCAUCUACCCGGUAGCGGAUACGGAACUAAACUGGAUUCCGACCGCGCUGCUCGUGGCGUUCAUAUUUACCGCGACACUUGGCUUCCUGACGCUACCGUUUUCGAUGAAUGCCGAAGUGUACCCAUCGAAGGUGCGAGGGUUUGCGUCGGGACUGACCAUCUUUUUCGGCUACACAAUGUCCUUCAUUAUGCUAAAGAUUUACCCAACGAUGGUGAAUGCGAUCGGUAACGAAAAUGUGUUUCUCUUCUUCGGGACCGUUUCGCUGAGUGGUAUUGCGUUCGUGUACUUCUUUUUGCCCGAAACCAAGGGCCGCACGUUGCUGGACAUCGAAGAGUACUUCCGCGGAAAGAGCGAACCCUCGGACACAACCAAACAAGAUACGAGGGCGUGAUCCUGAACUCUUCCACUGUAAAUC